AUGAACUUCGGCAGAGAUGUGGCUCGACAGACCAGUUGUUACACGUACGUCAUAGAGGAUGAAGAUCCAGCCCUGGCAAGUCUAAAUGCAGUUAAGCUGGCGGAGAAGGGUGACCUGGCUCUUCUGGAGAACCUGGUGAGGAAGAGCCCGGAGGUCCUCGGUGAGAAAGACGAAUGUGGAGCGAGUCCCCUCCAUCAUGCUGCCGCUGGGGGCCAUGUCACCCUCAUUCAAUUUAUCAGCUCUGUGGUCGACCCGCAGGAGAUGAACAGCUGUGAUGAUCAUGGCAACGUGCCCCUGCACUGGGCUGUGGAUAGGAACAAGGUAGAAAGCUGCAGGAUCCUUUUGGACCUGGGGGCCGACCCAAACAUCCUCAAUAUGGCCCUCCUGUCCCCUUUGCACCUGGCUGUCAGCCUCGGACACAACAGCCUGGUGGGACUUCUUCUGUCCUACAACUCCACCGACUGCAACCUACAGGGAGAUCUUGGAAACACCCCACUGAUCCUGGCCUGCUCCAUCAACAACUGCGAGGCUUUGAGCACACUGAUUAAACAUGGAGCCCACCUGUGCCAGCAGAACAAGCUCGGCCAUUUUGCCAUGCACGCCGCCGCCUUCGCAGGCGCAAAAAAAGCGAUGGAAGUCAUUCUGAAGGCAGGAGAAGAACACGGCCACUCUGCGGUGAGCCACAUCAACUAUUUGGACAAGUCCAACAGCAGCCCUCUCCAUCUGGCUGUGCGUGGCGGGAAUAUCGAGAGCAUCCGCCUCUGUAUCGCCACCGGAGCCAGAAUAGAUCAGCAACAGAACGAUCGGUGCACACCUCUUCAUUUGGCCUGCACUCAAGGCGCCAUUGAGGUGGUCAAGCUGAUGCUCUCCACUGUUGAUCAAGUAGAUGACGUCAUCAAUCUAACUGAUGGGGCUUGUCAGACCCCUCUACACAGGGCUACAGUAUUUGACCACGCAGAGCUGGCAGAGUUCCUCAUUUCACUGGGUGCAGACCUUAACAGCACUGAUUGUAAAGGAAACUCUCCCUUGCUGCUGGCGACCAGCUGUGGAGCGUGGAAAACUGUAGCUCUGCUGCUGUCAAAAGGAGCCAAUGUUAAUGUGAAAGACAAAUGUGGAUGCAACUUCCUUCACCUGGCCAUCCUGCAGCCCAAAGGACUGAAAAAUCUCCCAGAUGAAGUACUGCAGCAUAACAAUGUGAAGGCUUUGCUGAACUGUGAGGAUAACGAGGGCUGCACCCCGCUGCAUUACGCCUGCAGACUGGGUAUCCAUGACUCGGUGAAGAACAUGCUGGGCCUCUCGGGGCAGGUUGGCCUUGCUUGCAAGUCCAAGGACAAGAAGUCUGCUUUGCAUUUUGCCGCUCAGUAUGGGCGCAUCAAUACCUGCCACAGGUUACUGGAGACGAUCACAGACUCUCGUCUGCUAAACGAAGGUGAUGAACGGGGCCUGACGCCGCUCCAUUUGGCUUCGAAAGGUGGACACACCAAAGUGGUUCAGCUGCUUCUGCGCAAAGGAGCGCUUUUUCACAGUGAUUACAAAGGGUGGACAUGUCUUCACCACGCUGCUUCUGAAGGAUACACACAGACUAUGGACAUCUUACUGUCAGCCAAUAUCAAGUUAAUGGAUAAAACUGAUGAGGACGGGAACACUGCGCUCCAUAUUGCUGCAAGAGCGGGACAUGUGGCUGCAGUCAGGCUGAUGCUGGUCAGAGGGGCCGAGUUCGUACUGAACAAAAAUGAGACUUCAUUCCUCCAUGAAGCUCUGCAGAACGGAAGAAAAGACGUGGUCAACGCUGUGAUCGACAGUGACAGAUGUGACGAGGCCUUGAGGCUGUUUGCUUCCGACUCCGAUCAGCGAUGCCCCAUACUGGACAUGAUUGAGUUUCUGCCAGAGACUUGCAAGCAUCUGCUGGACCGAUGUGUGAGGGAGUCCGACGAUGACCACAACAGUCCAGACUACCAUAUUGAAUACAACUUCAGGUGGCUCCAGGCUCCCAUUUCAUCAAAGAAGCUAACAGAUACGCUCUAUAAGGUUCAGCCUCUAGCUGCAGUCAAUGCGAUGGUGCAGUACAACCGGAUCGAGCUCCUCAAUCACCCAGUCUGCAAAAAGUAUUUGGCUAUGAAGUGGGUUGCUUAUGGGAGCAAGGCUCACAUGCUCAACAUGUUUUUUUACCUGUUAGGGUUGAUGCCUCUAACUCACCUGAUAGUAACUCUAAAACCUUCCACCAACACCACAGAGACAGGAGAGCCUGAUAUUAUCAUGGUGCCCAUCUCCUUCAGAACGCAAAGUGUCUUUUUGUCCUUGUGCAUGGUGAUGGUCUUGGUCAUGAACAUCUAUUCAAUAGCAAAAGAAGUGGUGCAGAUAUCACAGCAGCGCUGGAGUUACUUCAGGGAUUAUUCCAACCAGUGUGACUGGUCUUCAGCCAUCUUUGCUCUGCUGUUCAUCAUUCCCCUCAUGCUCAAUGCAGAGGGCUCUUUGCACUGGCAAGCAGGAGCACUGGCAGUUUUAAACUCCUGGAUCGGAUUUCUCCUUUAUCUCCAAAGGUUUGAAGGCGUUGGCAUCUAUGUUGUUAUGUUUGGGGAGAUCAUGAAAACACUGUUUCGAAUCGUGAUGCUGUUUUUGUACCUGAUGCUGGCGUUCAGCUUGGCCUUCUAUGCUCUCAUGCUGAACCAUAAAGAGUUUAAGAGCGUGCCGCUUUCGGUGAUACAAACCUUUGUGAUGAUGGUCGGGGAGCUGAACUACCAGAACAACUUCCUGGAAGCUUUCCUGAACAAUCGGCUUCCUUUCAGCAUCCUGACAUACUUCAUUUUUGUGCAGUUUGUUCUCCUCAUGCCAAUCUUGUUGGUAAAUCUGAUGAUCGGUUUGGCAGUUGGAGACAUUGCUGAAGUCCAAAGAAAUGCAUCCCUAAAGCGAAUAGCCAUGCAGAUUGAUCUCCACACUGCUCUGGAAGAUAAGCUCCCCUACUGGUUAAUGAAACGAGUCGACAAACCUUCAGUCAUCAUCUACCCCAACCGCAAGUGCUCCAAGCACUUCCUGCAACAAUUCCUCUCAGGUGAGGAGGAAAAAAAUGAAGUGUGGAGUCGUGUGCAGUCCAAAUCGCAGGCAUGCACUUUAAUAGAGAACGAGCUUAAGAAACAAAAAUCCAGAAUGAAAGAGAUGUCGAGCAUUCUGGAGAAACAGCACAACCUCCUGAAGCUCAUCAUCCAGAAGAUGGAGAUCUCCUCCGAGGCCGACGAGUACGACGGCCCGGUGAACGUCAGAGGCAGCCUGUGGCCCAGUCUGGGUCAGAGCAAAAUCAGAGGCCGCAGCACGUCUCGCUGGGUCCCUCUUAUUAAGGCCAUCGAGUCCAAACGCAAAUGA